GGAAAACUAUGAGCACAUGACAACCCAAUGCUACAAAACAUAAAGAGAGGCGACAAUUUCUCAUGACCCAAACAGAGACCACUUCAAUAAUUCAAUAGAAGCUCCUUUUCAUGUGAUCUCUCUCCGUCAUACCAACUCCCCCUGAUUGGCUUCCCACAACCCUACAAAAUGUUGACCACCCACAAAUUUCCCAAAAAAUCAGUGAUCCAGAUUAGCAUAAAGCAUUUCUUCUUAAUUAAUUAUUAGUUUCACACGCAAUGAACAGUCUGGUGUUUCUAAUAUUCCAUUCUUUGGCAAACGAAUCCAACACCCCAUGAAGUAUGAUUAUCCAGUAGAAGGUUUUCACAUUUUGCAUUUCACAUUUCACAAAUGUUUCAGAUCUUAAUUUCAAAUAUCUUCGGUAGUUUGGUUCCCCCAAGGGCAGAUCCCAUUUUCCCCUUUCCAAUGUAGCUUUGAUUUUGCUUUCAUGGUGGGUAACUCUCUUAAGCCUUAGCUCUCACACUACCCCCACUCCUUUCUCUCUCUCUAUUUGGGCCACUGUAUUUCUUCUUCUUCUUCUCUGCAAGCUCUCCUCCAGCAACUGCAUUUGCGUUGUUUCUCUGUUUCUUAAGUCUUCAACCAUGAGUUCACAAGCACCCAAAUCCGCAGCAAAACCCUCAAAACCUCCAAACCAAUCUUCAAAUGCACCUUCUUCAAGGACUUCCUCCGCCUCUCUCUCCUCCCACCUGGCCAUGAUCGAACUCAAGCACCGAAUCCUCACCUCCCUUUCCAAACUCUCCGACAGGGACACCCACCAGAUCGCCGUCGACGACCUCGAGAAGAUCAUCCAAACCCUUUCCCCCGAUGGUGUCCCCAUGCUCCUCAACUGCCUCUAUGAAGCCGCCGGCGACCCUAAACCCGCCGUCAAGAAGGAGUCUCUCCGCCUCCUCGCCGUCCUCUGCUCCUUCCACGGCGAUUCCGCGUCGACCCACCUCACAAAGAUCAUUGCCCACAUCGUGAAACGGCUCAAGGACUCCGAUUCGGGGGUCAGGGACGCAUGUCGCGAUACCAUUGGUGCACUCUCGGCGCAGUACCUGAAGGGUGGUGAUCAUGGGGGUCUUGGGCCUGUGGUUUCGCUGUUUGUUAAGCCUUUGUUUGAGGCAAUGAACGAGCAGAACAAAGGGGUUCAAGCUGGUUCCGCAUUGUGUAUGGCUAAGAUGGUGGAGUGUGCUUCCGAACCACCUGUUGCUUCUUUCCAAAAGCUCUGCCCCAGGAUCUGCAAGUUCUUGAACAAUCCCAAUUUUCUAACAAAGGCGGCGCUCCUCCCUGUUGUUGCAAGUUUGUCUCAGGUGGGAGCUAUUGCACCUCAAAGUUUGGAACUGUUGCUGCAAAGCAUUCAUGAUUGUCUUGGCAGCUCAGAUUGGGCAACACGUAAGGCAGCAGCUGAUACGUUAAGUUCCUUAGCAUUGCAUUCGAGGAACCUAGUCACAGAUGGAGCUGGCUCAACACUUGCAGUGCUUGAAGCUUGCCGCUUUGACAAGAUAAAACCAGUUAGAGAUAGCAUGACAGAGGCAUUGCUACUAUGGAAGAAGAUUGCGGGAAAAGCAGAUGGAGCUGCGGAGGACCAAAAAACUUUGUCUCAUGAGGAUGAAAAUUCUGAACCAGCUGAGUUGUCUCAGAAGAAUAACCCUAAAAUUACAAAUCCUGGUGAGAGAAGAGGGGAUCCAUCAGCAAAAGAGUCAUCUAAUGGUUCUUCACCUACUUCUGAUUCUGUUACCAAGGUGAAGAGCAGCAAUAUUUCAGACAAAGCUGUUGGGAUAUUAAAAAAGAAAGCACCUAACUUAACCGACAAAGAAUUGAACCCAGAAUUCUUCCAGAAGCUUGAAAAAAGGGGUUCGGGUGAUUUGCCUGUAGAAGUGAUUGUCCCCCGUAGGUGUAUUAAUUCUUCUAGUUCACACAAUGAAGAAGAAACAGGACCAGAUGACACGGAUUCAAGGGGAAGGUCUAAUCAUAUGGGGGAUAUCCAUCCUGAUGAGAGUCAUGGUUCUGUGAACAUUAAAUAUCGCAACAUGGAGAAAGGAAAUGCUGGUGUUUUUUCUAGACAACGAGAUUUUGAUGACUUUGCACGGGAGAAAUGGACUGAAGAGAGAGUAAGUGGAAAAGAUUUAAAGACGAGAGCAUUUGAUGUUGAUGAUAGAAUUGAUCCGAAUCAGAGGGAGCCACCUGGUAUUCGUGCAGGUUUUUCCAAAACUGACAGUCAAUCUGAUGGAUCUUUCAUGAAUAAUAAAGGAAAUUGGUUAGUCAUCCAGAGGCAGUUAUUGCAACUGGAGAGACAGCAAACUCAUCUCAUGAAUAUGCUGCAGGAUUUCAUGGGUGGAUCUCAUGAUAGUAUGGUAACUUUGGAGAACAGAGUACGGGGUCUUGAAAGAAUUGUUGAAGACAUGGCACGGGAUUUGUCAAUCUCAUCAGGUAGGAGAGGUAGCAAUUUUAUGGUUGGAUUUGAGGGUUCGUCUAAUAGGUCUUUGAGCAAGUAUAAUGGCUUCCCUGACUAUGGUGCCAAGUUGGGAAGGGGAGGUGAUGGGCGGACUCCGUUUGGGGAAAGAUUUGCUCAGUCUGACAGUCUUGCUUCGGGCAUUAGGGGAAGGGGCCUAUCUUGGAGGUCUGAUGUGUCUGAGGCUUGGGAUUUUCAGAGUUAUGGUUCUUCUAGAAAUGGACAAACAAUCUCUCGGAGAGGGCUUGGCGGCAAUUCUAUGGAUGGUAGGUCCAUCAAAUCUGAACAAGAGAAUGAUCAGUCUGGCAGCAGGAGAGCUUGGGAGAAAGGAGCUGGAUCAGUUAGGCUUGGUGAGGGACCCUCAGCGAGAAGUGUCUGGCAAGCCUCAAAAGAUGAAGCCACUUUGGAAGCAAUUCGGGUGGCGGGGGACGAUGGUGGAACUGCUCGAACUGCAAGAGUAGCAAUGCCGGAGUUGACUACAGAAGCUAUGCUAGAAGAUAAUGCUGUGCAAGAACGUGACCCAGUUUGGACUUCUUGGAGUAAUGCAAUGGAUGCUCUUCAAGUGGGUGACUUGGAUUCAGCUUAUGCUGAAGUUUUGUCUACAGGGGAUGAUUUCUUACUUGUGAAGCUGAUGGAUAGAUCUGGCCCUGCUGUUGACCAACUCUCAAAUGAGAUGGCAAAUGAGGUUUUGCAUGCUGUGGGACAGUUUUUGCUGGAGCAGAAUUUGUUUGACAUCUGUUUGUCUUGGAUUCAACAGUUGGUAGACAUAAUAAUGGAAAAUGGACCCAACGUAUUGGGCAUUCCUGCAGAAAUUAAAAGGGAAAUCAUGUUGAAUUUACACGAAGCUUCUUCGACUAUGGACCUGCCAGAGGACUGGGAAGGUGCAUCACCUGACCAACUCUUGUUGCAGUUGGCAUCAGCCUGGGGGAUUGAUCUGCAGCACCUUGAGAAGUAGUUUUUUGAGCUGAACAGCUCAUCUGGUACCGAAUGAAGCUUCUUAAUAUUUGUCAAUUGGGUUGAUGCAUCUUGUAUUUACAUACUGAAAUCAAGAACCAAACAGAGUCUACAAUUUUUGAGUUGAUAUGUAACAGAGGUUGAGCAUUGUGCAUUGUUUAUAUAUUGAUUUGAUUGAAUCAGGAAAUAGAAAUAUGUUUUCUUAUUCUAAUA